UCCUUGGCAGGUCAGCUGGUGGUCUGCACCCUUUGUUCCUGUGUCAUGAAAACCAAGCAGAUCUGGCUCUUCUCUGCUCACAUGCUCCCUCUGCUGGCCCGGCUUUGCUUGGUUCCUCUAGAAACUAUUGUCAUCAUCAACAAAUUUGCAAUGGUGUUCACUGGCUUGGAAGUCCUCUAUUUCCUGGCGUCAAACCUUUUGGUGCCAAUCAAUUUAGCAAAGUCUGCCUAUAGAGAACUUGUCCAGAUAGUAGAAGUUUAUGGCUUGCUGGCCCUGGGGAUGACUCUAUGGAACCAGCUGGUGGUCCCUGUUCUCUUCAUGGUCUUCUGGCUUCUACUGUUUGCUCUUCAGAUCUACUCCUAUUUCAGCACUCGGGAUCAGCCAGCCUCUAGGGAGAGACUUCUCUUUCUGUUCCUAACAAGUAUUGCAGAAUGCUGCAGCACUCCUUACUCCUUACUGGGAUUGGUGUUCACUGUCUCUUUUGUGGCACUUGGCGUUUUAACACUCUGCAAGUUUUACCUGCAAGGCUACCGGGCAUUCAUGAAUGAUCCAGCUAUGAAUCGGGGGAUGACAGAAGGAGUCACACUUUUGAUCCUGGCUGUGCAGACUGGACUCAUUGAGUUACAAGUAGUGCAUCGGGCCUUCCUGCUCAGUAUUAUUCUCUUCAUUGUGGUGGCAUCCAUCCUGCAGUCCAUGCUGGAGAUCGCAGACCCCAUUGUCUUAGCUCUGGGAGCUUCAAGAGACAAGAGCCUUUGGAAGCAUUUCCGUGCCGUGAGUCUGUGUUUGUUCUUGCUGGUUUUCCCAGCUUACAUGGCCUACAUGAUCUGUCAGUUUUUCCACAUGGACUUUUGGCUGUUGAUCAUCAUUUCUAGCAGCAUUCUCACUUCUCUACAGGUCCUGGGGACGCUUUUCAUUUAUCUCUUAUUUAUGGUGGAAGAGUUCAGAAAAGAGCCGGUAGAAAACAUGGAUGAUGUUAUUUACUACGUGAAUGGCACCUAUCGGCUGCUGGAGUUUCUCGUGGCUCUUUGUGUUGUGGCCUACGGCGUAUCCGAGACCAUCUUUGGAGAAUGGACCGUGAUGGGCUCCAUGAUCAUUUUCAUUCAUUCAUACUAUAAUGUGUGGCUUCGGGCUCAGUUGGGAUGGAAAAGCUUUCUUCUCCGCAGGGAUGCGGUCAAUAAGAUCAAAUCGCUGCCCACAGCCACCAAAGACCAGUUGGAACAGCAUAACGAUAUCUGUGCCAUAUGCUACCAGGACAUGAAAUCGGCUAUCAUCACACCCUGUGGUCAUUUUUUCCAUGCGGGCUGCCUUAAGAAAUGGCUGUAUGUGCAAGAAACCUGUCCCUUGUGCCAUUGCCAACUUAAAAACACCACUCAGCCCCCUGGGCUUGGACUGGAGCAAGUGCCACAAGUAAAUCUUGGAGCAGAGCAACAUACUGUUCAUCAAGAAGCUACUGGAGCUCCCAAUAUUCAACACCAGGAAGGGAAUGGAGUUGAGCCUGUGGACAAUGGACAAGCUGUCAUAGAGCAGGACUCUGUUGAUGUCAAAGAAGAUUACAACACUUUGGACAGUGCAUCUUCCAGUGAAGCCAGCCAGGUAGCAACUGGCCCAGAAGGAUUGGCUGAAAAACAGGAAGAGAUGAUAACACAAGAUCUACAAGGAGGCAUCCAGAAUUGAACUAGCAAAGUCUGGUGCAA